AUGUGCGCGGACGAAAUUCGCGACCAUCUGUCCAAAGCAUGCGCUCUCCAUUCACCUCUACAUUCCAACCCAACUGAUCCGGCAGAUAACGCUAUGACUUCUUCCAAUAAUCUUCUUCCUACCAUUGCAACUUUUGAAUCCCAGAAAUCCCGCCAUAAAACUGCCAUUACCAAUGCUUCGGUACAGAUCCCGCCUGCUACUAACGCACUCCACGAGUCCUUUCUCAAUAGAAUCCUUGGGCCUAUCAAUCACACUCUUAACAUAGUUCCACCAUCGCAUGUUCCAAAUCUCGUUCAAUGGACGGGAUUUUUCACCAUAAAUUUGAACACGCAACCAUGUAUCUUCCCUCUAUCAACCCCUAUGCAAACCUACGGACAGAUUGUCCAUUUUGUCUCCCAAGCUACAGCGGAAUCGACUCGAGCGACGCAAGGAACCGCUUAUCCUACUCUUUUGCUACUUUCACAAGACACAGACGAGUAUCAUUACAUUGGUAAUUUUGUCGUAAGCAGUGUGGUCACAAGAACAAACUUCAAUCAAGUCUUGGAAAAUUUGCCCGGUUUCUCGCCAAAUGAUAGGCAUACCAAACACGAAUUGCUCAAGGAAAGAGAUCGGGCUUUGGGCUCAAUAUCAGAAUUUGCAGAUGAUUUGCCGGUUGAUUUUUAUACUUUACAGUAUAUCUUCUUUGGCAAAGAACAAUACAAGAUCCUCGUAUAUGCAAAGAAUAAGUAUGAUGCUAUGAAGGCUGCAGAUUAUACCAUUGUUUUGUUGAUAGGGGCUGGUGAUCAAACUGAUAAAUCUUCCAAUCCAUCUAUAACAAUAGAUAGAGCCAGCCAAACAGAUUACUUGUCAGAACCGCAUAACCAAAAUUUUACCCCUCCGGGUCUAAAGGUUCCGACCGCGCCUAAGGCAAUUCGGAGUGAUCACUCAACUAUCGAGGAUCAGACUCUCUCGGGGUCAAUCCAUCGUAGUUCCAUCAGUUUAUCAUAG